ACGAAAAAAAUGGCGUAGAAUAAGAGAUGAGUAUAGCGAUGAACACGAAGCACAUCAAGCAGAAGAGAAUGAUCUACUUGCCGAUCUCCAGAAGAAAGGCUAUCUUCCAUAUAUAUAUGCAAUGGUCCGUAUAGACCCAAUAGAAAGAUCUGAAUAAAUCACGGAACAUUCAUAUUCUGAGCUCAAUCUCUUGCUUCAGAAAAUUCGGAGAUCGUUAUGGGACUCUAUUUUGUGGGAUUUUCUGCAGAAAUUAGUUGAGCUUGAGUGUCGAAUCUGAUAUGGAGCUUGUGAAACGGAUUUGGGACCAUGAAAGUGAAUAGACUGUAUUUCAGUAUUCAAAAAGAAAGAAUUGUAUAAGUACGGAGCACGAAGUCCAGACACAGUAAAGCCAACAACAAAAGUCAACUACUAGAUACUUUUCAUUCUUCAGAGACCAACCAUGGCAGGGAACAUGUUCUGAUAAUAAGCCGUAAAUGUCACUGUCCUCAACAAAAAGCACCAUCAGAUUCUGAUACCAAUUAAAGCCACUGAAUGGAGUCUGUUUCAUCAAGAGCAUCUAGAGAUCAGGAAAUGUCCCAUGAAACAGUCAUCACAGCCUCACAGGUUCUUUAGAGGUCCUAGAGUUUAUGGUGCGUGAAAGCUCUUUUGCUGGCACAAAUGAUGGCUCGAAGACACAUCUGCAUUAACCUCCAAGUUCUGACCUUAAAUCUAAGCAACGAUCAACAUCACAUUUUCACUUAAAAAGUUAUGGUUGAUCCUCAAUCACCAAUCCCACCUCACCUUUACCCACAAGCAAUUCAACUCAAACUCUACCAAGCCUUCAUCUUCUCAAUUCCCAUUUUAUUCUCCAUCAUUCUCUUCCUCUUGUUCUAUCUCUUUUACCUUAAGAGAAGAGCCUCUUCUCUCUCCUCACAUUCUCCGAUGAUUCUUCCUGUUUCUUCGACCCACCAGCCUUCUUCUCAUCUCCCCUCGGUUUGUUUGUUAGAUGUGAAAGUAGAGCUCAAAGACAAGCUUCAUGUCGUUUUGUUUAAUGACGAACUAGGAACGAGAGAUUCUCUAUGUUGCGUAUGUUUGGGAGAAUUCGAGUUGAAGGAAGAGUUGGUGGAAAUGCCUUCAUGUAAACACAUAUUCCAUCUCGAUUGUAUUCACCUUUGGCUUUAUUCUCACACCACUUGCCCUCUCUGUCGCUCCUCUGUCUUCAUCUCUUCGACCAAAACCUCUGUGGACGACGACGACCUUUCAGAUUCUCCUCAAACUUCACCGGUUUGACUCAUUAACCCGAAAGAAAUAAGCAAAUACAAGUUUUGUUAGUUUUGUUAGUGAGUAGAUCAAUACAAAAAUGUAAAUCUUAAUUUUGCUCAUUCAAGAGAUCAAAUGUACUUCAUCACAUUACAUAUUGGUUACAUAGAUUACAUAGAUUCCAUUUACA